GUGUGUAGAAGGAAAGAGCGCCGUGUCCUCAAGAUCAUUGUAGACUUCCACAAUAAAAGGCUUCAUACAACCCACAAAGUUUUUGUUUUUUUCUUCAUCGCAACGAUCUCAUCACUUAAAGAACCUUUCCUUCUCCCUCCCUCUCUGCCUCCCUCUAACACCCGCCCUUUCCCUUCCCUUCUGUCUCGAACCGACCGUCUCCACUACCCUCUCCCUCCACACAAACAUUACGCCCCACACACGCUUGCAGCACUAAUAACAACCUUCCUCAUGCGUAUCUAUACUCUUUCUGGCCUUUUGGCUCUUGCUUCAUUCACAUUUGCGGAUGUGACAUAUAAAGUUGUUGGAUUUCCUGACACUCCUGAUGGUUAUUUCGGUGUCUUGAUCAAUGGUGUACUCACCCCAUUGACAACCACUCCCGAGACCUUCCCUCUCUGGACUGGAACUGUCGUGGGUGCCAAGGCCUAUUCGGGCUAUCGUUACCUCAAGCUCUCACCAAAGGGCGAUAUCAUCCAACGUGAAAAGUUCUUGCGAGUCUUCCAAAACAAGAAGGCGAUCUCAACCGAGAACGAGUUCUUCUUGCGUGAAGUGACCAGGACUGCCCUGCCCUCGCUCCCUCAAGUCUAUAAAGAUAGCCGCCCCAAGCCUUCUAAAGCCUUUGAUGAAACCCAGAUUGCGACCAUUAAUUUAACACCUGAUCCUGCAGCUUUCGCAGACAUGGUUGCAAAUCCUCUUGAUGAGGAACGUAAGGCUAUCAAGGCCGGCUUCCGCUUCAUCAGCGCUGACACCGUUUACAGCGCCGGAGAGAUCAAGCUGAAGGUCUCGGGCCACGGCUCUCGAAAGUUCAAGAAGCUGUCCCUUCGUGUCAAAUUCGACGACGACAAGGGCGAGACCUUCUUUGAUCGCCCCAUCAUCAAGUUGCGUGCCCAGUCUUUUGAUCCUACCAUGAUCCGCGAAAAGCUGUAUAUCGAUAACUUGAACUCCAUCGGUGUCAAAACUACUCAGGGAGCCUGGGUCCGCGUCUUUGUCAACGGAAAGCCCUACGGAUUCUAUCUGAUGGCCGAGGAUAUUGAGCCCCCAUACUUGAGAACUACCGUUCACGGCGGUGCCGAUGUACCCGAGUUUGGUUCGCUCUACCAAAUGGGCUCCCAUGUUCUCGGUCUCGAGGCCACAUUGCAGUACCAGGGCCCCAAGACUGCCGAUUACCACCCUGAGAUCUACGAGAACAAGGAAUUGGGCGCCAACACGAAGGAAGAGCCCAUGGCCCAGUUGAUUGCCUUCUUGAAGGAUCUGCAAGAGUUUGACCCCAGUGUAGGAAAUGGCAUCAAGUUCUGGAACGCACGCUUGGAUCUGGACGGAUACUUGCGCAGCAUGGCUAUGGAGUAUCUGGGUGGUGCCUGGGAUGCUUACUGGUGGAAGGGCAACAACUAUUUCAUGUACUAUAACCCUCUCCAAGCUAGAUGGCAGUUCCUCCCCACUGAUUUCGAUUCUACUUUCAGCGAUGGCAAGCUCAACGAUGUUGCCACGACCUACAAGAAGUUUGCUGCUCGUCGCUUGGCCAGACCAGGCAAGGACCAUCCAUUGAUCACAAAGCUCAUCUACAAGAACAAGGAGAUCAACACACUCUUUGAGAGUAUUCUUCUCAAGAUUACCAAGGAUCUAUUUAACCCCAAGGUUUUGGAGCCUAGAAUUGAUGCCUAUGAGAAGAUGAUUAUGGAGGACGUCAAGUGGGACUACUCUCUGGACCGCUCCAAGAACCCUGGCAAGACCUUUAACUUCACCAUUGACGACUUCCACAACAGCAUCAAGGGUCCCGUCAGCAGUGUCAACAACGGUAUCAAGCCUUGGAUCAAGUACAGAGCGGAGGAUGUUCCUAAGCAGAUCAAGACAACAACCGUAUCUAUUGGCCUGAAGACUCGUAUUCGUUAAAAACAACUAUACGCAAGCAUAUUUAGAGGG